AAUACUUAUGAUAAGCAUGGGAGAAGAAAGCAUGGACGUGGUGGAAUGCAAAGAAUGGUACUUAGUAUCAUAUGCUCCAAAGGGUUUACCAACUUCCUCUAAUCUUAGACUCCGCACUGUACCUUUAUCACUUGCGGUUGAUUCAAUCCCUGAUGGCCAUGUUGCUAUUGAGAUGCUGUUUUUCUCUAUAGAUCCCUACCUACGCAGCAGACUCAAUGGGACCGUAGAUGGCCUUCACUUUUCGCAGUUUGAACUCAAUCAGGCGAUUACAAUAUUUGGAAUUGGACGAGUGAAACGAUCAAAAGACAGCAAAUAUAAAGAGGGGGAUCUUGUUUUGAGUGAAAAUUUUCGUGUUGCUGAGUAUUGUGUCAUUUCCUCAUGUGAUAUCAUUGGAAAAAUUGAUGCUACAAGUGGGAUUUCAUUGCCGGAUUAUCUAAGCUGUCUAGGAGUACCUGCAUUUGCAGCAUGGUUGGGAAUUGAGGUGUUGGGAGACCCAAAACCUGGCUCAAAUGUGUUCAUAUCUGCGGCUUCUGGUGGUGUUGGAAUGAUUGCAGGUCAAUUGGCGAAGCUCAGAGGUUGUAGGGUCAUCGGAAGCACUGGAUCUGACAAAAAGGUGAAGCUAAUUAAAGAGGAAUUUGGGUAUGAUGAUGGAUUCAACUACAAUAAGGAAGAGGACCUUGAUGCCGUUUUAAGCAAGUUCUUUCCUAAUGGCAUUGAUGUUUAUCUUGACAACGUUGGCGGCAAGAUGCUUGAAUCUGUACUUAAUCAUGUCAACCAUUUUGCCAGGAUACCACUUUGCGGGAUGAUAUCUCAAUAUAAUGAGGUUUGGACAGAAAGAGAAGGCGUGAGGAAUCUUUUGAAUAUGGUGGGAAAGGAGGUGAGGAUGGAGGGCUUUAUACUGAAAUCACAUUUCAACCGUUUUGGAGAGUUUGCUAAAGAGAUGGAGGGAUACAUGAAAGAAGGCAAGAUUAAGUCCAAGAAUAAAAUAAACAUUGGAAUUGAGAGUUUUCUAGACAGCUUAAACUCCUUAUUUACUAGCUCUAAUAUUGGGAAACUUGUUAUUCAGGUUAAGGAUUAG